CAUCUGUCCGUUUGGAUUCCGUUGAUAUCUUUCCAGAAGAAAUCCAGAACGCCUGCAACUACCGAAGACGAUUCUUAUCUUUCCUCGGAGAUCGAUCUGCUAAAUCCUAGAGUUACGAGAUCCGGUCAAGCUUCGAUAUAUCAGCGUCGUGAUCCGAAAGAUACGAGAAAGAAUUUGUUAAAUCUCUUCAAGGCGUCUGCGAGAUCUGAUCACUGUCGCUGCUCCGUAAAAUCUGAUCACACAAAAUUACGUGAAAACAGGAGUCACCGCGAGUGGAGUCUUCAAAGUUAUGGUCAACAGGAAAAGCAUCAGGUAACUUUCGUUACGGAGAAGUGUUCCAGCAGCGGUGAGGAUCUUAACGGGAAAUCCCUCGUGAAACUUUGGGGUGGGAAAAGCACACCACGAAUAAUCAGAGCGAUUCGUCGAAAUAGCAAGAAAUCAAGGAACGCGACAAUUUACGAGUAACUGGAAGCGGGGCCAGCAGCUCGACGAACAGCCACGCCGGCGGAAAGCACGCGACCGACAUCCUCGCGAGGGGCGGUAAUUUAAUCCCAGGACGUUCGUAGUCGAAGCGGACGAGGAUCGAUCGGAAUCAGCGGAACAGCCGCGACCCGGAAAUAGCAAAAGCAGCGUGGUUGUUCUGUAUCACGAUAAAUCGGUCG